AUGUCUCACGCAAACCUCGUUAUGGCGUGUAGAUGGGGCUGGACUAGCACUCCCGACGAAAGUACCAACUCACAUUUCGCAUCUUCGUCGACAUCGCAGCAAAUACCUGUUUCCUCAUUUAACAACAUUCGUUCCAAGCGAUUCGCGCCAUGCCAAGGUCGUCUGUACCAUCAGCUUCUCUGUUCACAUCGCAUUCGUACAGACCUAGUCGAGGAUUGUGGCGCAAACUGCAUCGAACCGUAUGGUAAUACAGUAGAUGCACCCUUCGUUUGCAACGAAUGCAUUCAAGCAGAAGCAGCAAAAAUCUGGGAAGAGCGACAGACGCAACACAACGCGACUUAUCCACCGAUGGAGCAGAUGAGUAAGGAGCAGUAUGAGCAGUGGUACGCUGAACACCGACAGCUCGAAGCAGAAUUCUCGCGUGACCAGCGCGUGUAUGAGCUGGAGCUCAAAUCUAAGACUCGGCCGAGUAAUAUUUGCUCUGCACUAGAAGCUAGCAAAGAAGAGAUGGAAUUUGCAACUGAGCUCGACUCUCUGUCACUUUCGCUAAUGGCGUCCAAUAACUCGAACGUCGAGCAAGCGUCGUACCAGCCCCAAGGACGUACGCGUACGAGCUUAGCGACAGACCCUGAGGAACAACUUCAUUGGGACCUGAACACGCUUGCUUUAGACCGAGGCGCCUGUGGUAUCGAAUACUCCAGAUCGCAGCCGAGUAAUGGCGUGUCGCCAGGACGGCAACUGGAUCCGGAGGAGCUAUGGAGGAAGCCGCGGAAUUAA